CAACCCAAUUAUACUAAAAACGUGUUGAUUUCGAAUUCCCUCUCUCUCCUCUUUCUCUCUCUUCUCCUUUAAACCCCAAUUCCCAAAUUUCCCCCUAUAUCCAAUCGACUCUUUCCCUGCCUGUGAAAUGCUAUAUAUACCACAACCCAGAAUUUUCCAAUUCCUCCACCCUCCAACCAAACACCAUAUGCGAAAUCUCCAAACAAACCCAUCUUCUUCAAUCUCUCUCUCUCUGUUUUUGCUGGUUCUUGUUAUGUUUCAGGAUAGUCGGUGGCCGAAUAUGACUCAGUCUUUGACUCACUGGACUCGCUCCGACGACAAGCUUUUCGAGGAGGCCUUGGUGGUGGUUCCGGCGGACUUGCCUGAUCGCUGGCAGAGGGUCGCCGACCAUGUCCCCGGAAAGUCGCCGACGGAGGUCAGAGACCACUACGAGGCUCUGGUUCACGACGUCCUUGAGAUUGACUCUGGCCGAGUUGAGUUGCCCAGCUAUGCCGAUGAAUCGGCGGUGGGUUUGCCGGAAUGGGACUCCUCCGGCCAGAUCUCUUUCGGAUCCAAGGCCAAGCACGGCGGUGACAACGAGAGGAAGAAAGGCACGCCCUGGACUGAGGAAGAACACAGGUUAUUUCUCCUUGGACUGAAAAAAUUCGGCAAGGGCGAUUGGAGGAGCAUCUCAAGGAAUGUGGUGAUAACAAGAACCCCAACCCAGGUAGCCAGCCAUGCUCAGAAGUACUUUCUCCGACAAAACUCCGGGAAGAAAGAAAGGAAACGGUCAAGCAUUCACGACAUCACAACAGUAGACAACAGCUCCAUCCCAAUCCCUGUCGACCCGAAUUGGAUAUCCCCAGCCCCCAAUUCAAGCAUGCAGCAGUUGAGUUCCACAGGUCAUUCGCAAGAUCAAGGAGGCUCACUCGGGUAUCAAAAUUUUGGGUUCCCAAUGUAGGGAUCGAUACCUACAGGAUCCCCUUAGAAGCUAAACUACUACAUUAAUACAACAAUGUAAAUACACCAAACAAAAAAAAAAUCUGUAAAGACAGCAAGUAUGUACGUACCCGGGUUUCGUUCUUCUGGUUCGUUCCCCCAGCACAGGGGAAAGCUGAUGAUAUGGAAUUUGAACAGUAGUAGGGAUCUGUUUGUAAGUAAAUAGAAGAAAGCAAAAACUGAGUAGUGAAUCAGAGAUGAUGUUAGAAACAGCAGUUAAAGAAAGUAGGAGAAACACAGGAGAUGAAUGGAAAUUCUUUGAUAGAUUUAGCCAAGGACUGCAUUUAGAUCGACUGUUUGUUUUUUUGUUUAUUAUUACUAUAGAAAUACAGAAAAUCCAAUGGCUGGCAGUCUAUUUUGGGCUGAAAA